AUGAACCGCGCCUUUUCGCCAUCACUGGUUAGGCCGAACCUGCCGUUGAGGAGACCUGCAACUGGUCCUGGUUUGGUGAUGACUAGAAAUCAGAGCCCGGUAUUUAAUGAUUUAGGCGCCAGUUCUCAAGAAUGGCCUCCAACGAACGACAGUCUAGAUGUACUCAAAACUGAAGCCAACAGAAAGGAGAAUGGUUUGGUGGCAGUAAAGGAAAACAGUGCUAGAGAUGCACCUUUGGCUACCUCGGUAAUGGUCAAACUGUGUAAUUACUGCGGUCAGCGAGGCAAUCUCAGGUGCACACGCUGCAAAAAGACCUGCUACUGCUCGGUAGCCUGUCAGUCUGAGGACUGGAAAGCUCAUCGGCACCUAUGUAAACCAAGCACUCCAGAGAACAAUGCAAGUCUUUCAACCAGUAAUAAACCAAAAGAGUGUCUGUCCAUGCCUUGCGGAAGUGGACCUAGUGUUUUGGAGUCCAAGGUAAACAGCAAUGAUGUGGUUCAGCCGAAGAGAAUAUUCCUGCGUGAAUUACGCAAGAAUAGCAUCUCCAAAGGAGAUGAAGUGCAGGGGACGGUGGUGGAACUGAGGAAUCCUGGAAAGUUCUUCAUCCACAUCCAGUCAGUAGAGAUGACUGAGACCCUGAGGUCCAUCUCAUUGGAGCUGCAGAAGACCUAUGGCAACUCACAUAAACUCGAGUACAAACCUGAAGUUGGGGAACUCUGCGCCGUCAGAUUCUCUCAAGAUCAGAAUUGGUAUCGAGGUGAAGUUGAGUCUGUUGAUUUGGAUCGCCACACAGCAAAAGUGCUCUACAUAGACUUUGGAAAUGUGGAAGAUGUCACAUUUGACCAGAUUCGUGCACUGGCAGAGAACAUUGAUCUUGCACCACCAUGUGCUUUACAGUGCUGUGUUGCUGGGCUAACGGCAGUGACUGGCAGCUGGACAGGAGAAUGCUGUAUUGCAGUGAGACAGCUGGUUGCAGCAAAGAACCUAACUUUCACAGUGAUAGACAUUAUGAACAGUGGCACCCUGCUUGCUGUAGAUGCUCCUCUGUCCACGCUUGGUAAGAACCUGAGUACUCUCCUAAUUGACCAGGGUUACGCCAUAAAAGAGAGCACCCCGACUAAACCACAGACGGAGCAAGAGAUUUACUCUUUAAUGACAGCCUCUUUUGAGAACUUCAAGCGUUUGUCUGUUGGGAAGAAUGAGAACAUUGAGGCUCAGCCACCAGAACCCCUGACCCAAGGAGUGGGAGACACCUUCACAGCCAUAGUCACCCACCUUCAGUCUCCUUCAGAGAUCAUCUGCCAAAAGCUAGAAAAUGCCAGUGCUAUCCAGCAGUUACAGAUAAGCCUGAGAGAACAUUGUACUAAGACUCCAGCUAGUGAGAACUUCAGGCCUGCUCCUGGAACAGUCUGUUGUUCUCUUUUUUCAGAGGACAAUCAGUGGUAUAGGGCCAAAGUUCUGGCGUAUUCUUCUGAGGAUCGAGUUUGUGUGGGCUAUGUAGACUUUGGGAACUCAGAAGAGGUGCCGUUGAAUCACCUGCGACCCAUCAGUAUGGAACUGUUGACUUUGGCUACUCAAGCAAUCCCCUGUGCCCUAGCAGGUAUUAAGCCUGCCUCAGACGUGUGGUCAGAGGAUGUAAUACUGAUGCUGAAACGGCUGGUUUGUAACCGUUUCAUCCAAGUGGAAAUUCUUGGACAGCGAGAUGGAAUUGCUCUAGUCUCUAUGAUCGAUGAGUCUAGUGAUCCUCAGACAAACGUAGCCGAGAUGCUCGUUGCUACAGGCUGUGCUGCUCUAGGAAGUAUGGAGACAGCAAAAGAAGCAGCUAAAGAUGUUGUCUCUGAAAGCCCUGCUGUAGACAAGUUGGAGUGGUCUUGUGCUGAACUUCCCAUUGAUGGCCAGGAGGUGGUGCUAGUGAUCAGUGUACUAGAAAAUCCUGGGGAAUUCUACUGCUAUAAUUAUAAUGCAGAAGACAUGCAGACUUUGGCAGAGUUGUCCUCUGAGCUUAAGAAGCACUGUGAUACCGAGAAGGGUCCUUUCAGCCCGGCAGUAGGAGAGCCCUGCUGCGCGCUCUUCAGUGGAGAUGGCAGCUGGUAUAGGGCCAUGGUGCAGAGCGUGGGGGGUGAUGGAAAGGUUAGAGUGUACUUUGUGGAUUAUGGGAACUCCUGUGAGGUACAGGUUGCCCAUCUCAGACCCAUUGAUGCCAGCCUACUCAAACAUCCUUUCCAGGCCAUACGCUGCUGUCUUGCAGGAGUUGAGCCUAUGGGAGGCCAGUGGAAAGAGGCUGCAGUGCAGAGGUUCCAGGCAUUGUGUGUGGGGAAGCAGCUCAGUGGCAGGGUGCUGUCCAUCACUGAGAGAGGCUAUGGCGUGGAGUUGCUAUGCAAUGGCCAAAACAUUGCUGCUGUGCUUAUCUCAGAACAGCUUGCCAAACCUUCAGGGCAGGGGAACAAGCCUGCUGCACAGCAGAACAAAUCUAGUGAUCUGAAAGAGGCAUCUCGUGCACAGAUGCACAUCCCCGCUGAGAAAACAUCACUCGCUGAGCAGCCUGCUAACAUCACUGUAAAAGGUGCCACGUCGCAGUCAAACUUUUCAACCGCCUCCUUCCCUUUGGACUGGAAGACUGUGGAGUUGCCUUGCAGAGAGACUUUUAAGCCACAGGUGGCAGCAGUGAUCAGCCCAAGUCUCUUCUAUGUGAUGAAUCCUAGAGAGGUCAACAUAGAGGUGUUGCAGGCUGUCAUGAUGGAUGUGGCAAAGUACUGCAGCAAACAGGCUUUACCCAACCAGAGGGUUCCUUUACCGGGAGCGGCUUGUUGUGCACAGUUCUCAGGUGACAAGAAUUGGUGCAGGGCUGUGGUACUGGACACAACAAGCACACAUGCCAAUGUAAUUUAUGCAGAUUAUGGGAAUUGCGAGAGGAUUCCUGUCUCUAGCAUCCUGCCCAUCCCUAAAGAGCUUCUGCAGCACCCAUUUCAGAUCGCCAGAUGUGCUCUUUCAGGUAAAGAGAAUUUCCCUACUGUGUGGCCUCCUGAGGUACUAGAACUCUUUGGGGUCCAGCUGAGUGGCAAGGUACUGGCCUCUGUACAGGGUUUUGAUGGCACCUACAACCUGCUCAUGCUUACCCAGCACUCAGGCCUGGGAGGGAACAUCAACUCCGUCAUCCUGGGAGCUCUGCAGAAGGUUCCAGGCACGGCUAGUGCAGAAGAGUUCGCCCAGGGUCAGGGCCAUGCACAGGCUGGCAGCACAUCUAAGACCUCAGAACACACUUCUUCAGACACUGAGAAGCCUAAACCUGGAAGUCAGGAGAUAAAAAAAAUGAAGACUGUGAUGACCAGUGUUGAAAAUAAGGAGCUACAGGCCAUUGCAGGUUCAAAGGGCGUCAGUAAUGCUCUAAUUUCUUCAUGCUGCUGUGAUGCCCUUAAACCAAAGAUUGACAGAAUUGAGGAGCUGAUCCUACUGCUCAUAAAGCGUGCAGAAGGAAACCAAAAGUAA